AUGGCAAUUGAGACUGAAACUCCCUCUGCGACUGGAACUCCUUCUGUGAACAUUGCACCAGCGGUCACGCCUACAACCCGUGCCGCUGUGCCACCGGCUGAGAAACCUGCGAAGUUCACCGGUGCCAACUUUAAAGGAUGGCAGCAGAGAAUGUUCUUUUGGCUUACCACCCUUGGUAUGCAAAAGUUCACCAGUGAGGACCCUCCCGUGCCUGCCGCCGACAUGCCUGACAAUCAGAAGUUCAUGGUUACUGAGGCUUGGAAACAGGCUGAUUUUUUGUGCAAAGGCUACAUUUUGAGUGCCUUAGAAGAUGAUUUGUACAACGUCUACAGUGCAAUCGAGGAAGAUAACAAAACCGCUGAUAAGAGGUACCGUAAGAGUUCACCAAUUGAAGGGGCAAGUGUCGUUGAAGAUGCUGCUCCGAAAAAGAACAAUAAAAGGAAGAGGCGUUCUGGAAAGGAGAAGUAUCCUAACAAGAAAAAGUUGAAGGGCAAUUGUUACAAUUGUGGUAAAGCAGGCCAUAAAGCUCCCGACUGUCGUGCCCCCAAGAAGGACAAAGAGAAAAACAAGGGUCAGGCAAACAUGGUGGAAGAUGUUGAUGACCUAUGUGCAAUGCUGUCCGAGUGCAACCUGGUUGGCUACCCAAAGGAGUGGUGGCUUGAUUCUGGCGCCACUCGACAUGUGUGUGCCGUUAAGGAAGCAUUUACAACUUACACUCCCGCUGGACCUGACGAGGAGCUAUACAUGGGAAAUACUGAAGAACCUAGUUCCAGCCGCACUACUCGUGAAAAAUGGGUUUAA